AUGAAAAUGAUGAUUGCAACGAUCAAAAAAAGAAGAAAAAAAUAACAACAACAAAUCAACAAACAUUGAGCCAUCCUCAUGAUGAUAAUGAUAAUGUGAAUAAUAAAUAUUCAUCAAUGGCAACUAAAUUAAAAACUAAUCAUAAAUGUUUGGCUAAAUUAAAUGUUGCCAUCAUACUUGAUGGUAAUAUACAAUCAUCACGUUUGAUUGGCCUAAUACAAGCUGAUUAUGGAUCAUAUGGUCUAUUCAUAUGGAAUACGAAUGCAAAUAUCAAUGAUGUUAAUGUUGAUGAUGAUAAUAAAAUUAUUGAAACAAUCAUUCCAAUUGAUUUAAAAUUUCAUUAUCAACUUGUAACAAUCGAUCCAAUUCUAUUACAAGUUUCAGAAAAUGGUAGCGAUCUUGCAUUAUUCAUAACGUAUGAUAAAUUUCCUACAAACAAUAAUAAUCAAUCAUCAUUAUUGAAUAAAAAUUUGACUGAACAAAAAUCAUUAUCAAUCAAAGAUUCAAUACUUUUGGAAUAUGAUCCUUUGAUGAUCAAUGAUGAUAAUGAUGGUGAUAAAAAAUUUACUGAUCAAUCGGAAUCGAUAUUUAACGACAAUGACAACAAUGACAGCAAUGGAAAACAAUCAUCAUCAUCAUAUCGUUUUAUAUUAUCAUAUAAUGAAAUGACUGAAAAAUUUAUUACACAAUUACAACAUAUUGUUUCGGUAUCACAUCGUACAUUUACCGAAUCAAUUGAUUUUGAAUGGACCAAACAAUAUUUACAACAAAUUCCAUUAGAACAACAGAAAAAAACAAAUGAACAUUUAUCAAAAGCAUCAACAAUGGCAAUGAAAAAAUCAAAUUCAUCAUCAUCAUCAUCAAAAACAUCAACAUUAUUAUUAUUUGAUGAUUAUUAUGACAAUCAUCUUCAGCCAGCAAAUUCUAAUCAAUUUAUAAAUGAAUUAAUUGAUCUUGAUAUUAAUGAUAAUCAUCAUAAUCAUCUUAAAAAAUCAUCAUCAACAUCAUCAUUUGAUUAUAAUAAUUUAGAUAAUAAUUAUAAUGAUAAUGAUUUAUCAUUAUUAUCAGAUAAUAAUCAUUUUGAAAAUGAUUAUAAUCGUGAAUUAUUAAUACAAACCGAAACCGAUGAACGUAGAAAUGAAUAUGUACGUUAUAUAAAUUAUACAAUAUUUAUUGGUACAUGGAAUGUUAAUGGACAAAUAUUAUCAAAACCAGAAUUAAUGAGAAAAUAUUUUCUUGGUUGUGAUUCUAUUGGACCAGAUUUUUAUGCAAUCGGUUUUCAAGAAUUAGAUCUAAGUAAAGAAGCAUUUUUAUUUAAUGAUUAUAAAAAAGAAGAAUAUUGGCUACAAAUUUGUGAACAAUCAUUACAUCCAGAUAGGCAAUAUUUUUUAUUGAAAAAAAUUCGUCUUAUCGGUAUGAUGUUGGUAAUAUUUGCUGCACGUGAAUUUCGACAAUAUAUUAAAAAUGUUGCAGCUGAAACUGUUGGUACUGGAAUUCUUGGCAAAAUGGGAAACAAAGGCGGUGUUGCUAUUCGUUUUGAAUUACAUGAUACAAGUAUUUGUUUAGUUAAUUGUCAUCUUGCUGCACAUGUUGAACAAUAUGAAAGACGUAAUCAAGAUUUUCGUGAAAUUAAUUCACGUUUACAAUUUAUGAAUUUAAAAAUACCGAAACGUAUCUAUGAUCAUGAUCAAAUAUAUUGGUUUGGUGAUCUAAACUAUCGUAUAAUGACAUCGGAUACUGAUUAUGUUAAAAAAUUAUUAACAUUAAAAGAAUUUGAUAAAUUAUUAGCAAUUGAUCAAUUACGUAAUCAAAUGAAAGAAAGAAAUUGUUUUCAAGGUUUUCAAGAAGGUAAAAUUAAUCAUAUGCCAUCAUAUAAAUAUAAUACCGGUACAAAUGAAUGGGAUUCAUCCGAAAAACGACGUCCACCAGCAUGGUGUGAUCGUAUAUUAUGGCGUGGUGAAAUGAUUCAACAAACAAUUUAUCGUUCACAUCCCGAAUUAAAAGAUAGUGAUCAUAAACCAGUAUCAUCAUUAUUUCAAUCACAAGUACUUUUAAUUGAUCAUACAUUAAAACGUAAAGUUUAUGAAGAUGUAAUGAAAAAAUUGGAUAAAGUUGAAAAUGAAUUAUUACCACAAGUUUCUAUUGAUACAACUGAAAUUAAUUUCGGUCCAAUUUCAUUUAAAGAUAAUAAUUGUCGAUUAUUAACAUUAACAAAUAUUGGACAAAGUCGUAUACGUUAUCGUUUUAUAAAUAAACCAAAUGAUAAAAAUUUUUGUAAACAAUGGUUACGUGUAACACCAUCAACCGGUUCGAUUAAUAUAAAAGAAGAUAUAACAAUUGUAUUUGAAUUAAAUUUUGAUGAUCCAACAAUGGCAUAUCGUUUUAAUUAUGGUUUAGAAACAUUAUCCGAUACAUUAGUAUUAAGUUUAAUUGGUGGUAAAGAUAUUUUUAUUACUAUUUCGGGUGAUUAUCAUCUUAGCUGUUUUGGUUGUUCAUUAGAAACAUUAGUACAAAUGGAAAAAACAAUUUCAUCAAUAACAUUGAAAGAAUUUCAACAAAAAUAUGGUGAUUAUAAAUUACCUAAACAAUUAGAUUAUCAUGAACGAUUGAUUAAUAUUUAUAAUGAAUCAAUGGAAACAACAACAAAAAAUUUAAUUACCAACCGAAAACUAUCAAUACCAAAAGAAUUAUAUAUAUUAAUUGAUCAUUUAUAUCGUAAUGGUUAUGUUAAUGUUAAUAUAUUUCAAAUAUCUGGUAUGGAAAAUGAAUUUUAUAUUAUACGUGAUUCAAUUGAUUCGGGUGAAAUAGAAAAAAUUAACAAUGUAUCGGAACAUUCAGUUGCUGAAGCAUUAUUAUUAUUUUUAGAAACAUUACCCGAAUCAAUUAUACCAUUUAAAUUUUAUGAUCGUAUACAACAUUCAAAUAAAAAUCAUAGUGAAUGUAAACAAAUUUAUAAUGAAUUACCUGAAAUUCAUCGUUUAGUCUUCCAAUAUUUGAUUAUGUUUCUACAGGAAAUGUGUAAUAAUUCUGGUGCUGAUAAACCAUUGAAUAAACUUUAUAUUGCAAAAUUAUUCGGACCAAUAUUGAUACGACGACCACCCGAAUCAUUUUAUACAUUUCGAAAUAAUCAAAAUCAAAAUCAUCAAUCUGGAAUCAUAGCAUCAUCAUCAUCAUCAUCAUCAUUAUCAUCACAAAUGUUUAUAAAUAAUGGUGGUGGCUAUAAUCAAAAUAAAAUCGAUACAUUAACACCUGAACAAUUUUUUAUUAAUUAUUUUCUCAAUCUAAACACUUGGUAAAUGGAAAAUCAAUCAAUCGAUCAAUCAAUUACUCAAUAUGUUUCUCAUCAUUUUAUUUUACAAAAAUUAUUAUUUUCUCCUCUUUAUUCACACACACACCGGUGACACAUUUUACCAUAUAAAAAAUAUAUAUUUUUGCAUCCAAGAAAAAAAAAUCUUUUUAUCCCGUUGUUAAUUAUUGUCGUAGAUUUUAUCUG